AUGGUCCUCCCACACGAACCCGAAUUCCAGCAAGCCUACAACGAGUUGUUGUCUGCCCUCGAGGACUCUACUCUCUUCACUGAGAAGCCAGAAUACAAGAAGGUCAUCCCAGUUGUUUCUGUGCCAGAGAGAAUCAUCCAGUUUAGAGUCGCCUGGGAAAACGACAAGGGCGAGAUCGAGGUCAACAACGGUUACAGAGUCCAGUUCAGCUCUGCCUUGGGCCCUUACAAAGGUGGUCUCAGAUUCCACCCAACCGUGAACUUGUCUAUCCUCAAGUUCUUGGGUUACGAACAGAUUUUCAAGAACGCCUUGACCGGCCUUUCUAUGGGUGGUGGUAAAGGUGGUUCCGAUUUCAACCCUAAAAACAGAACCGACUCCGAAAUUAGAAGAUUCUGUGUUGCCUUCAUGAGACAGUUGGCUAGAUACAUUGGUGCUGACACUGAUGUCCCAGCUGGUGACAUUGGUGUUGGUGGCCGUGAAGUCGGUUUCCUCUUUGGUGCUUACAAGUCCAUGCAAAACAACUUUACUGGUGUUUUGACCGGUAAGGGUUUGACUUGGGGUGGUUCUUUGAUCCGUCCUGAGGCUACCGGUUACGGUACCGUCUACUAUGUCGAGAAGAUGAUUGAGAAGGCUUCUAACGGUAAGGAGUCUUUCAAGGGUAAGAGAGUUGCCAUCUCUGGUUCCGGUAACGUUGCCCAGUACGCUGCAUUGAAGGUUAUUGAGUUGGGCGGUAUUGUCGUUUCUCUCUCUGACUCCAAGGGUUCUAUCAUCUCCCAGGACGGUAUUACCCCAGAGCAGGUUGAGGCUAUUGCCGCUGCCAAGGUCAAGUUCAGAACCUUGGAGCAGAUUGUUGGCGAGAGUGCUUCUACUUUCUCCGGUAAGAACAAGGUUGAAUACAUCUCUGGUGCUCGUCCAUGGACCCACGUUGGCCAGGUCGACGUUGCAUUGCCAUCUGCCACCCAGAACGAGGUUUCUGGUGAGGAGGCCAAGGCCUUGGUUGAGGCUGGCUGCGCUUUCAUCGCUGAGGGCUCUAACAUGGGUUCCACCAAGGAGGCCAUCGACGUGUUCGAGGCUAACAGAUCUAAGGGUGUUUGGUACGCCCCAGGUAAGGCUGCCAACUGUGGUGGUGUUGCCGUGUCUGGUUUGGAGAUGGCCCAGAACUCCCAGAGAGUCACCUGGACUGAAGAAGAAGUUGAUGCCAAAUUGAAGGACAUCAUGUACACAUGUUUCGACAACUGUUACGAGACUGCUGUUCAAUACUCUGUUGACAAGGAUGCUUCUGGUUUGCCUUCCUUGUUGAAGGGUGCCAACAUCGCCGGUUUCAUCAAGGUUGCCGACGCUAUGUUCGCUCAGGGUGAUGUUUUCUAA